UCGCGUCUCUGAGCUGAUAUUCUCGCGUUCUCGAAAAACAACAACAACACAUUUUCGCAUUAAGUUUGAUCAUGUCUACUGAGGUCGAAGAAUCAGCACCCGCCCAAGUCCCUACUCCAGUAGCAACCAAAACAAAGAAGGUAUCUGGAAAUAAGGCAAAGUCUGUCGUAAGUGCUUCUCCAGCUAAGAAGAAGAAAAAGAAGAGUAAGGGGCCUGGCAAGUACAGCCAGCUCGUCACUGAUGCGAUCCGAACCCUGGGCGAGAAAAACGGCUCAUCGCUUUUCAAGAUAUACAAUGAAGCGAAGAAAGUGAGCUGGUUUGAUCAGCAGAACGGUCGCAUGUAUCUGCGCUAUUCCAUCCGCGCGCUCCUGCUCAACGACACGCUCGUGCAGGUCAAGGGACUGGGGGCCAACGGCUCAUUCAAGCUCAAUAAAAAGAAAUUUGAGAAAAAGCCAAAGAAAAGUGCCGCCAAGGCGACCAAGAAGACGGAAAAGCCUGCUAAGUCUGCGUCCAAAAAAGCCGUGACCAAGAAAGUGAGUGCAAAGAAGAGCGCCAAAAAAAGCUCAGUUAAAAAGAAGACGACGGAGAAGGCUGGUGUUAAGAAGAAGGUGACUGCCAAACCGAAGAAAGCAGCCGCAAAAAAGCCUAAAGUCGCGGUGAAGGCAACCAAGGCAAAGAAAACAAAAUAGACUUUCUCU